AUGAGGGCCAACGGGCAAGCAAACUUGCAACCGGUGAACAACCGGUUGUCUCAUACUGAGAUCAAUGGGGGUGUCACCAUCGAGGGCCGACACCAAAGAGAGAAACAGUUCUUCUCAACAAUUCCGCCUUGGACUGAGCUCAAAAGAGACCGAGUCAGUAUCAAUGCAUUGAAGUCCUUCCUAGGUCAUCUUUUGUACGACCACAUCCGUUCUGAAUUUCCGGCCGUUGUAGCGGAUAUUGAACGACUUUCUCUGGAAACUCAAAAGGAAUUGGAGAUUCUUGGUCCCUCCCGUCAGACCCCUGCAGAACAGAGACGGUUCUUGACACGUAUCUCAUCCACUUAUCAGAAGGAGGUUGACAAGGCCUUAAAUAGAAACUAUAGCGCUGAUCUGGAGGCAUUAAGCAUACUCAAGCUUCGGAUGCAUUUACGGCAGUAUGCGGAUGAUUCUGCCAAGUCUAUGGCAACGAACGGGCAUGCCAAAGUGUUCCGUACGAUUCGAGAUGAAAACGAUCCAGAGUUCCGCAGGCCAGCAGAUGACUUAGACAACAUAUACGACUGGAUAAGGCGUUACUACCUUGACUCCCGAGGCUCUGAGCUACCAGGAACAGUGAACCCCAUUGUGUUGCAGAAUAUGUUCCGCCAGCAGUCCAGCCCAUGGGAGGAAAUAGCGGUCAAAUACCUUGAGAUUUCCUCCGCGGUUCACUCUUACAAUGAAACAAUUUUUGCAGAAAUUCUGCCUGACGAGGAUGUGAGAGAGAAGCUCUGGGGAAUUGUAUCUUCUCGGGAACAGGAGACAUACGAUCAAGCGCAUGAACAGCUCCUCAAGAUACUGAAAGACGAACGAGGGGGUAUCCUGCAGACUGUCAACCACUACAGUAACCAUACAAAAACAGUCUUGGCAAAGUCUACAAAAUAUUAG